AUGGGUUGUUGCGCUUCCACACCCAGCGCAGGUGACGGCGCCAAUGACAACAACAUACCUGCCGUACAUCCGCAUUCCUCGUCUCGCAACAUCACGGCCCCGUCCACGCGACAGCCGUCGCAUGCCUCCCAGCCCAGCGUACCACCACCACACAGCAUUGACGACCGGCCCAACGUCCCCCUCAAACCCAUCGCCCCAGACCAACGUUCGCACCUACCCAACGCACUCACCGCCUCCUCCCCGAGCGCGCGCGUCAAACCGCUGACCGACCCCUCCAAUACGACAUGGACGCCCUCGCGCCUCGAGCAGGAGCGCCGCGACUGGUGGGACACCCAAGUCACCGGCACCCCGGAAAUGUGGGGUGCGAUUCGACUGGCGGCACAGGCAUUGCAGACGGGUGAUGUGCAGACGGCACAGGCUAUGCUGGAUGUCACGGGCUGUACGUGUCCGACGGGCCUGCUAUGGAGGGGCGUGUAUGAUGCGUCGGGCGUGCAGUACAAGGUGCCCGAGUGGGUAGUUGUGCAGCCCGAGGGCCUAGCGGAGGAAGACGAGGCGGAAGCGGAGGCGGAGGCAGAGGCAGAGGCGGAAAUACGUGGUGGAGAUGGCAGGUUGCGCACGUUGCAAAGCGUAGAUGGGGAUGCGGGGACGGGCGAGGAGAUGGCCCAGGUUCGGGAUGGAGACGGCGGAUGCUAUUAUUCAUCAUAUCAAGAGUGA